CAAGUGGAACUGGAGGAAAUGUCAUCAUUGGUAAAAGAGGACUUGGAGAAGAAACUGUUCAAGCCACUCUCGCAGAAUCUGUAUGAGUUUAUAGAAAUAGAGUUCUCGGUCCAGGACAGGUACUACCUCUGCGUGUCAGUGACCAAAAAUGAAGAAGUUAAAAUAAUUAUGGUGAAACACUACAGAAUGGGUUUAGAUGAAAAAUAUGAAGUAACAAAAAAGUGGUCUUUGAACGAUCUGCAGAUGAUCGAUGGAAAAGAGGCAGAUACUGACAAUCCAUUCUUUGACCUGCACUUCAAGAAAGUGUACAGUUUAGAAGCAUACAGUUGUGCUUCCAAAUAUGCCUUUGCUCGAACUGUCAAUAAACUCAAUCAUGCAUAUCUUAAGAAAGACUUACAGAUUGUAAACUUUGAUUCUACUUACAUUAAUGAUGACUCUAUUUGGUCCUCCAAUAACAAGGACUGUUUGGUCCUCAUGAGAAUAUGCUUUUAUGCUUUCAAUCUUGUGUGUUUGUCCCUAUGUCCCCUGCCACUUUGAAGAUGUAUUCCAUAUUCCUUCAUC